GUCACAAGUGAACCAGAAUUGACAAGCAAAAUACAUGGGAUGGAAGUGAUGCAUAAAUGAUCUUAUUAAGCCUCUCUUCAAUUAAUCAAGUCCUCCUCCCCCUUUUUUCCUUCCUUUUUUUUCGCCCUCUAUCAUGUAUAGAAAAUGGGAAAUGCAAACAAUACAAGCGUUGAAAUGGUAUCCUGUCACUUCAGUAAUAGAUUAUUUACAUAAAGUAAGAACAUGCAUAAUUCAUGACAAACAGCUGUCACUUGAAUCAUUAUUAUGCUGUGCAUUUCCUGCAAGAAAAACAAGGCGCUUUCCGAUGGAAGUCAGCUAUCUCUGUGAGGGAAUUGGAGAUUGGCAUCUAAAACUAGGCCUUGUUCAUUUAUUUCUUCACUCUAUCAGGCGCCAUGAUAGAUCUGUUGGACAUAUACACAUAGACGUAUUAUGGCUCAUCAAUGACUUGUUAAGGUCGUUUGAGACUCAAAAGGAUGUGAUAACACGAUCCAAAUUUGAAGCGCGAUACCAGUUAAUAUGGGAAGAACAAGACUGGGACCAACACGAUGUAGCGACCUGUGAUAAUCCCAUCUGUCAUCUCUACAGUCGACUGUUUUAUUUAUUGCAACAAUGGGGUUCAAGAUUUCUAUUUAUAGAAUAAACAAAGUUAGCUUGCCACUAGUUUGUUCAACCAUGUUUCCUCAAGAAAAUUUCCCACUAAAUAAAACUAAGCAACCGUUCCUGCUUUUCGAGACUGCCUUUUUUCAUCAUCCGAUCCAUUUUGAGAUCCAAGAAAAAAGUAUAUAAAGAGGACCAAAACUUGAAAUUUUUUAAAUCUUUGUACUUCUGUCUUGUGCUCAGAUCGGAUAAAUCUUUCGCCUUUUACUAAAGAUUUCCGUGGAUGCGAGACACUAAGGAAGUUUACCCUAAUUUUUUGGUAACCCUUUCCCUUGAAAAAUUUUUUUCCUUGGGAC